AUAAUCCGGGUACUGAAUACGAAAUAUUAUCCGAAGAGAUUGCACCGGGUAUGGAGAGGUUCACUCGCGUGUUUUGGGCAUUUGGUCCUGCUAUUAAGGGCUUCACUUUUUGUCGUCCGCUAUUGAGCAUUGAUGGUACACAUUUAUAUGGAAAGUACAAAGGCGUGCUUCUUGUAGCGACCGGUGUAGAUGCAAAUGGCGGGUUAUUUCCUCUAGCAUUUGCAGUCGUGGAGGUGGAGGAUACGUCUAGUUGGAAGUGGUUUUUUGAACUUAUAUACAAGUGGAUUCCAAGUGUCCGUGCGCCAAGAAUAAUUACCUUUAUUUCGGAUAGGAUGAAAGGAAUUAUAAGGGCGUUACAUGAGGGUUUUAGUGCACCACAUCACCAUCGAUAUUGUUUAAGGCAUAUAAGAGAUAAUUUCAAGAAAAAACACGGUGAGAUUAAUUUGCAAAAUCUUUUGUGGCAAGCCGGGUGUGCGACCGACACAUUAGUGUAUGAACAUUGCAGGGAGAAAAUCAAGUCUUUGUCAUUAGAUGCACAUAAUUGGAUUGAAAAUAACUUGAAGCCUCAAUUCGAGCAUCGGUGGGCAUUAUGUAAGGAUGAGGGUGUGCGGUUUUGCAUGAUGACGACUAAUUGCUCCGAGAGCUUUAACGGCGUUCUUAAAGGAGCACGAGCUAUGCCAAUACAAUCUUUGGUUGCGAGAACAUUCUAUAGACUAAACGCAUACUUCAACAAAAGGCGUGGUGAUGGCAUAGACUGGACAACACGUUACACACCAAAAAAUGAGUCCAUUUUGCAUAGAAGAAUUGAGGCAGCAAGAUCAUGUCAAAUUACUGUAUUCAACGACAACGAAUGGCAGGUACAAGAUUGUGACGGUAUCUACACCGUUAAACUAUUUGAUGUUGAUUGCACUUGCACAUGUAACAUACCACAACUCCAAAAAAUACCCUGUGCACAUGUGCUUGCGGCUUCUUCUAAUCAGCCGGGAGGUGCUAGAAUUCCCAGAAAUCGGUAUUGCUCGCCUUGGUAUUCAACAGCUCACUAUCAAAAGACAUAUAGUGAGAGUUUUCAUCCACCUGAUGAUAGUCGGUAUUGGCCUGAAUAUAAUGGACCACAUAUAGUUCCACCUCAGUACCGGAGACAAGCAGGUCGACCACGAUCUGUGCGAAUUAGGGGAACCAUGGAUCAAGGGCGAGAAGGAGUGGUCAAGCACAAAAAAUGUAGUCUUUGCAAACAACCGGGACAUACUCGACCUCGUUGUCCAUCUAGACACAAUAGAUAGCAACUAAUUGGUAAUUUAUAUCAUUUUUUUAUUUUUAUAUACUUUAAUAAAGAAACUGAAUUACUAUCAGCAUCGUUCACAUAUUAUAUCCUGUACAGAG